AUGGAGAGAUUAAAAAACAGGAGAGUUGCUGAGCUGAACACAGAAAAAGAAUGGGUAGAAAACAUCACAUCCACCCAAGUACCAGACUUCGUGAUGAGAACGUUGUUAUUGGGACCAAAUUUCAACGUACAGAAUAAAACAAAAAUCCCAUAUGUGGAAAUAGUGGCAGGGAUCGAGAAAGGGAUACGAUCAAAAGAGAAUGCGGACGAGAUUCGGGGGGGAAUUUCUACAGCAAUAACGAACCAUAUAAAUUACACGAGACAACCCAGGCACGGCAAGCUGGAAUGGAUGGAAAAGGACAUUUCGGCGACAAAACAGUACCUGAAGGAACACCCAAAUCUGAUCAUCAUAAAGGCGGACAAAGGCAAUAAAACAGUAAUAAUGGAAGCUGAAGACUACCACAUGAAAAUGAUGGAGUUGCUAAACGAUGAGGAGACAUACCAGAAACUGAAAAAAGAUCCGACCAAUAAGGUACAAAAAGCCAUCAACGCAAUGGCUGAUGGGUGGCUGCAACAUAAGUACAUAGAGAAAAGCAUCCACCGAAGCAUCAAAUCGACGAGUAGCAACCCACCCCGGAUAUAUGGAUUACCUAAAAUUCAUAAGGAAGGCAGACCGUUGAGACCGUUUGUUUCAACAAUCGGUUCGGCAACAUUCAACAUGGCUCAGUUUUUGUCGAGCAUAUUGGGUAACAUUGUUGGGAAAACCGAACACCAUGUGAAAAACAGCUUCGAGUUUGCCCAACAAGUAGCAGGAACGCAGAUUCCCGAUGAGCAUGUCCUAUUCUCUUUGGAUGUCAAGUCGCUGUACACGAAUGUUCCAGUACAAUAUGCGUUGGAGUGUAUAGAGGAAAGGUGGAGUGGGGUGGAGGAGCACACGAAGAUCGACAGACGAAGUUUCCUGACAGCGGUUAAGUUGGUAUUGGAUUCAACGUACUUCACCUAUCGUGGAAUCUACCACAUGCAAAAAUUCGGAGUACCAAUGGGAUCGGCUCUAUCGCCGGUGAUAGCCAACCUUGUGAUGGAACGCCUGGAACAGGAGUGUAUGUACAAGGCAGAGCAGAAACAAAUAGGUAUGCUGGUGUAUAGGCGGUACGUAGAUGAUUGUUUUUGCAUCGCACGGGAGAAUCAUUUUGACCAAAUUUUGGCAACAUUUAAUGAUUUUCACGACAGGCUUCAGUUUACCGUGGAAAGGGAGGAAAGUGGUCGGCUUAAAUUCCUGGACAUGAUGUUAACUAGAAGAAACGGAAUUGUGAAGAAGAGCUGGUUACCCAAGCAGGAGAAAGGAUGGUAUUUGGACUUCAACUCUGAAAGCCCAUUUACGCAUAAGCGCAACACGGCAGUGGCCCUUGUGGACAGAGCAAUCAAAUUGACUGAUGCGGAAAAUCGUCCACAGGCGAUAAAAAAGGUCAAAAAUAUACUUAAAUGCAACAACUAUCCUGAAUGGUUCGUCCAAAAUGUUCUGGCACAAAGGGUACACAAACACUACAACGGACUGCAAAAUAAUGGUGAAAAAGAGGAGACCAAAUAUGUUACGACGCAGUAUGUUCCAUGCUUGAGUGAGAAACUGCAAAAAACGCUCAAAAAGAACGGGUUGACACUAGCCGUCAAACCCAAAAAUAAAGUAAAAGACGUUAUUUUCAGCAAACUCAAAGAUACCAUUCCACCAGGGCAACAAAAAAAUGUUGUAUAUUCUAUCCCUUGUGGAACUGGAGAUGGAAAAAUGUAUGUUGGGCAGACGAGCAGAAAAUUGGACACAAGAAUAGGAGAGCAUAAAAAUGACAUCAAACGCAAAGACAACCGAACGGGCCUGACACAACACACGCUAGGUGACGGACAUGUGUUUGAUUUCGAAAAAGUGACGAUCCUAGAACGUAUUGUUGACCAGGAAAGCAGAAUCACAGCAGAGACAUUCCACAUCAAGUUGGUUGGCGAACGCAACGCGGUGAACCUCCAGCGUGAGUGCGGAACGUUCAACACCAACUACAAUGCGCUUGUGGUAAAGCUACGGCAAGGCACAAACAGCGGACGGUGGAGAGGAAACAAAUGCGACGAUCGACACAGCAUCACAGCACACCCGCCAGACAGUGAUACCUGA